AUGCGAUGGGCCAAAAGCCAGGCCUUCUUGCCGACUGGAAACCCAACGCUGCACAAUUGCGAUACUUCACCUCUGCAAUCCUGUAUAUAUAAGCACCUCUCUCCACACCAGCGAUCUCUUCUUCUCCAUCCUUCACUCAACUUCCCAUCCACGCUCACCACGGAAGAGCCACCACCUAUCCAAUUUCGCAACCGAACACCGACUGCCUACCACCUACAAUGA